AUGAACGACCCGUGGGAUGUGAAAUGUGUCCGACAAUCGAGCCAGUAUUUAUCAUGUAUGAAAUUAAACGGGGUCCCACUACUUCCGCCUGUUCUCUCUAAAGAAUGUCGCAAAGAAAUGCAGUAUUACAAACUUUUGGCUCUGGAGGUAGAAAAGCGCAUACAAACCCUUAAAACAGUAGUAUUUGAGAGUGAUACAGAGUCAACAGAAGACAAAACUGAUGCUCCUGACCUGCCUGAGUCAGAACAAAAUGAUAUCUCCUUCGAAGCCAUGGGGGUUCAUAAUUCAAAAAUUGAGGAAAGAAAAGAUGUUGACAAUCUCACUUCCUCAUCACAAUCACCAGUCACUGAAAUAGAUAGUAGAUCCAAAACUCCUUCUCAAUUUGUAAUAGACUUAAGUUUGAGCCUUAACAAUCAGCACACACCUCUAGAACCUGACGCUUUAGAAGUACCUGAGCGAGAUUGGGAAUGUACAAAACCUAAAGCUGUAACCCCUGAAGAGGAAAAUAAGUAUAACAGCAGAGACAAACUAGUUUUUAGUGUCUCUGUAAACAAUGAAAAUAUAACAGAUCCAUUAACCAUAAGUUUUAACCAUGAUGACCCUCCAUCUUUGAGUGCUAAAAGCUUCACUGGUUCUCUUAAUAAUAUACAUACAGACAGUAAAGUCACCCAAAGUAUACCACUGUCCCGGCAAAGAUCCUACACGGUGUUAAACCCGAGUCCCUUAUUGCUAGCUCAUUUAGAAAUUCAGUCACUGAACACUGGUGUUGAUAUACAUUCAAUAUCUAUGAGUGAAUCAAUGUCUAAUUUGACUUCACCAAACAAAAAGCGACGCAGUUGGGAUUUAGAAUCUGCAAAAGUGAAAUGGUCAUCUAUGGCUCUAGAGUUAAAGCAGAAAAAUAUUGAUAGAACUGCUAAUAAAAAUGUUGCAAAAUCUAAAAAAGUUUCACAACCUGCUGUCACACAUACACGCACCAGAUCUCUCGUUCAAGAGAGAGGUAGACGAUUGUCAAAUAUUUAUAAACCUGUUAUUAAAUCUGAACCUAUACAGAGGCCCAAGAAAAACCCAAGUCCAGUACGGAAUGCAACAUCCCACACAAAUAAAUCACCAGUGACUAAAUCUAUUCCUAAUGGAUUAGACAAGAAAGUCACUCCGUCCAAACAACUAACUUCUGAAUCAGAAGACCCGGCCACGCGCGUUAGGGAACUCUAUGAGAAAAUACAGAAGCAGCAACUCAUACAAAUGGCUGCCCUAGUAGAGAAACAAAAGAAAGAGCAAAUGCUACUACAACAAGUUUUUGAGGAGCAGAAUAACUUGUUAUUCACACAAUUAAAAACUAUCUGCCCAAAGCCACCCAAUGACAUAAAAGAGGCUUGGAGUGAUAAGGCAGACAGAGGGCCCGUUAGCUUGAGCCAAUUGAUAAAUUCAAAUAGUCCAGAUGUGAUGACAGAUACAAAUAACUAUCUCAAUCAGUGUGACAAUGUUCUGAAGAAGUCAAGAGACAUCACUGGUAGCAUUAAGAAGGGAAAAAGUACUAAUGAGAAACACCUCCCUAAACUAAAUAACGGCUCGAGGAACACAUCACCAGUCCGCAAAAAUGAGACUUCAAGAAAGCUAACGUACGAAACGACGUCGUCCGAUAGAGAUUACGAGUUGAUCCUGACCGAUCGCACGAACGAUACAAUGGCAGAUUUGAACGUGACAUUUGCAACAGACAACGACGAGUGCCAACUGUACCAAACACAAAACAUCCAUAAAGAACUAAAAAGCGCAUCGAUGGCGCUAUCUGUACCAUGUCGAUCGACUGAUAGAGCCAUUAAAAGUAUGGAGGAAACUAUACAUAAUUCUAUCAAAAGCAUGUGUGUUAAGAGACCGAGUAGUAUGUGCCGAUCAGCUACACCAGAGGAGCGCGCCGCGGCGUCUAAAAUAGUGGCAUACGCUAAAGGCUACUUGGUCCGUCGACUCCUGCGCACAGAGCGCGUCCAGGGCACCGUGCAGACGAUUAAAGAUGCUUUGCUAUGCGCACUGCAGCUGCAUCAGGACAGGGAGGGCAUAAGAGGCGCCGAUGUUGACUUGCAUAGGCGACUGAUUCAACAGAUAACGGCAGCAUGCUACUCCCUCCACGAUACCUUCAUCACGAGUUCUCCUGCGGAGAGAUGCGCUAUGAUAGGAGUUGACCGUGACCGGAGACGGCUUCUGGCAAAUCGGCCGCCGCCAGUCAGGCAGCAUCGGCCGACGGACCUAAUGUCGCAAAGUCACUGCGGCGCGUUUCCGUCGCGGACGAAGCGAGCUCUUAUUAACGCGUCGCUGAUGACUCAGUCCAAUUAUGAGACCUUUAGUGGCGAUAAAACGAGCGUCCGUCGCUACAUGCCGAGCCCGCGUCGUCGGCCGUGGCGCUGA